UUCAGUUGUCAAAAAGUACUUGUGCGUUAUGGUUGGAGUUAUGUUUGUUGUAUCAAUUUGUGUGUCAAUUAUUAAUUAACCCUUGUUAAAAUGGCCUGUUGAUUAUUAAAAAGCAGAGCUUAGUUCAGAAACAAUCGAUGUUAAGUGUAUUUGGUGUGUGAAUCAUGGCAGCUGGUGGCGAGGAUCUAUGGCGCGAGUGCGCGGGUUGGCUUACUAGAUGUGGAUUAUUACGGCCUGACCAUAAGGCGAAUUGGGAUACAAGCACUAUACAUGAUUUGGCUUAUACCUUGCGUGAUGGAGUCUUGCUAUGUAACCUUCUGAAUGUCCUGCACUCUGGCUGUAUAGACAUGAAGGACGUUAAUCAGCGCCCCCAGAUGGCCCAGUUCCUGUGCAUGAGAAACAUAAAAGUAUUCCUAAGGACAUGCCACGAAGUUUUUGAAUUGCGUGAGACGGAUCUAUUUGAUCCAUCCAUGCUAUUUGAUCUCUCAAACUUCCACCGAGUACUCUGCACUCUUGCCAAACUCAGUCAGUGUCCAAAGGCCUUGACUAAAAGUAUAAAACCAUUCUCGGCAAACAGAACGCUAUCAGAAGAGGAUAUUUAUAAAGAUCUACAAUCUGUUGCGAACCAAUCCCUGGAUAUACCGCCCUCGUACGAGACGGUUCAGCCGCCGGCUUCGGAGGUGCCCUGGGUACAAUUCACCAUACCCAGCAGUAAUUGUGAAGAGAGGGUUGAGGAGAUAUAUGAGGAUCUCUGUUAUGUCAAGUUGAACUCGGAAGUACCUGAGCUAGCGUCGUCCUCGCACAGUUUAGAGAAACGGGAUUAUGUUAUACGCGAGUUGGUUGAUACGGAGUGCAAUUAUGUGGACGUGUUGAGCAAAAUAAUUAAGUAUUUCCUGAGACCACUUAUGCCGUACUUGAAGCCGCAAGAUAUGCAAGUGAUAUUCUUCGGUGUUAAGGAUCUACACGAAAUUCACACAGGCCUUCUCCGUCAACUGCGUUUGGCCACGGAAAUGUGUGUGCCAGGCAGUGGUACGCCGAGGCUGGCUGAUGUUUUUCUUGCGUGGCGGGAAAAGUUGCUGCUAUAUGGGGAUUAUUGUUCGAAUCUCACAACGGCGCAGGAUACCCUCAAAACGCUGGAUUCCAGGGACGGGACGUUUAGUAAACAACUUGCAAAAUGUCAAAAAGAGCACAGCGACGGUCGCAUACAGUUACGAGAUAUACUGUCAGUGCCGAUGCAGAGGAUACUCAAGUACCAUCUGCUUUUGGACAAACUUGUGCAGGAGACACAGCCGAAUCACGAAGAAUUCCGUGGACUAGAACGAGCGAAGGAAGCAAUGGUAGACGUUGCACAAUACAUCAACGAGGUGAAGAGAGACAGCGAAGUGCUUGCUUUGUUGGCUAAAGUUCAGGAGAGUAUAAUAGACUGGGACGGAGCGGAGCUAGGGGCGGGUGGAGCGUUACUAGCGGCGUACGGACGAUUAUUAUUAGACGGAGAACUCAAGGUCAAGGCGCACGAAGACCAGAAGCAGCGACUGCGAUAUGUCUUUGUGUUCGAUAAGCUUAUGCUCCUGUGUAAGCCAGUUAAGGAAAAUCAAUACUCAUACCGCGUAGGUAUACGAUUAGCCGAAUACCGUGUUGAGGAAGGCUGUGGGAGAAGAACAUUGCGGACUGAUUCGCGAUGGGCCUCGCAGUUCUAUCUUGUACGUCGGACAAAGGAAACGACGUUUACAUUAUACGCUAGAACGGAUGAAUGUCGACGGAAAUGGCUAAAGACGAUACAGGAUGCCAUUGACAACUUAGAACCUCCGGGGUGUCGAAAUACAAAUCACAAGUUUGUCCUUCACACAUUUGAAAAACCAGCCACAUGUCACCAUUGCUCCAAGUUUCUCAAGGGCCGAAUAUUUCAGGGCUACCAGUGUUCCGUAUGCAGCGCAUGCGCACACAAGGACUGUAUCGCGUUAUCUGGGCGAUGCGGCGGAGGCCUGUCGGUGGCGCCACCUCUGCCGCCGCACAGCCAACAGCCCGAUCACGCCUUGCAUUAUUACAUGUGGUACGUGGGCGAAAUGGGUCGAGAGACAGCCACGGACCGCCUGGAGCGCCGCGUGGACGGGACCUUUCUCCUUCGAGUCAGGCCUAGAGCACCGCCCCACCCUUCCAACGACACGCAUUAUGCCCUCUCACUCAAGGCUGACAACACAGUGAAACACAUGCGCGUCUGUCGGAAGCCAAUAGACCAGGUCCCGCACUACUACCUCUCCGAGUCAAGAUUCUUCCGGAGCGUUGUUGAACUCGUCACUUAUUAUGAACGGGUCAGUCUCGCUGAGAACUUCGUAGGAUUAGAUUCUAGUCUGAAAUGGCCCUUCCGUCGGGUUGUCGCCACAGUUAUCCACGACUUCCGUCCCUUGGAGUCGAGUCAACUGUCCCUGCGGCCCGGGGCCAAGGUUCUGGUUCUGAGUAAAGAGGGAGACAGCCGCGGAUGGUGGAAAGGAAGGAUACUAGACAAGGUAGGUGAUAACCGUUCAGGCUACUUCCCAAAAGACUGCGUGCUAGAGGAGCCCGAGUGUAUAGGCGCACUUGACUGAUGUCACUUGUGCGUCGCAGCGCGACGACACACCCCUGACAAUCUCAUCGAGGACCUGGUCUGAGGUCUGUACAAGACAUCUCACGUUCUCACUUGAGUUUUGCCGGGUGCUGAGGAUAGUCUAGUCACGAGGGAAUUGAGAUUGCUUCAUACAAAGGGAUGCUGCGGGGCCAAAUCCUUCGAUUUGGACUUUAAGGCAGAACAUACAUGACACAUCAAAAUUAUUAAAAAAAUUACCAUAUAGCAAUUGAAUAGGUAGUUCUAUAUGUAACUAAAAUUUUGUGAAUCAUUUGAAUUUAUUUCCAAAUGAUUUGUAAAAAAACAUACAAAUCUAUUUAAAUGUUACAAAUAAGUUAAAAUGCAAAAUCAAGGAUUUAGUUUUUUUUUGAAAACGGCUCUCUGUAUAAAUCUAUGUAGUCCUAAUUAGUAUGUGUAACAUUAGCAAACCAGCCAUAAUGACGUUGAAUUGACGAUUUUAUAGUUCACCAACAGUCAUUUACAUAUGUGUGUAACGUCACUGUAUAAAAAUGUCAGUUUCAACGAUUUUUUUUGUCGAUUUGCUUUGUUAUUAUGAAACAACAACCACCGGCUAUUUAGAGCGCGGCCAUACGAUGCGGUAACGGUGCGGUGCGGCGCCGGAGCGCUGCCGCAACGUCAUCCUGCAUACAUACCAUGACUAUACCAUGUCACACGACGCAUUGCGUCACCGCACCGCAAGCGCGCUGGAGUUGUGACCUGCUAGACGAAGCGGGGAGAGGUAAAAUAUAUUGCCACACCACAACGCCCGUAUGGAACCCUAUAGCUCGAAGUAAUUGCGGUACGGCGCUGCACCGCACCGUUACCGCAUCGUGUGGCCGCGCUCUUAUUAUUGACACUGAUCGCCGCUUUUUUAGAUUCGUUUCUAUACUAAGUACCAACUAGCGAAGCAAAAUAAACAGAAAUGUGACAAAUAAAAAUACAUAUUAAUAUAAGUUUUCAAUUAGUUCACAAGAUCUUAGUAUACAUAUUGGGAAAUAUUUUUAAAGAUAUAUCGGUUUUUAGUUUGGCAAAUAUUUGGGCUAUUCGAUAACCACAAAGUUAUAGAUAUAAUUUGAAUUGACAUUUAAAGUAAACCCCUUGAAUAUUAGGGUAAAAUAUUAUUUACUUAAAAUAACUAUUUAAAAUAUUACUAACUCCUUGUUAAUAAUUAAUCAGUGAAAGAAUACUCGUAAAUUUGUUUAAAAUUUCAAUGCAUAAGUGAUGUUAUGUGUCUUAUAUGUGAAGUUGUGAAUAGCGGGUGAAAUGCUUUAAGUGUAAAUAUAAAGUAAGUAGUUAUAAGACGACAUACAGCUAUCUCUCUCAUUCGUUUGACAGUUUUUAAGGUAGAAAGGGAUAUACGUAUUUUUUGGAUUAUAAAUGAAAAAAUGUAGGCCGUAACUAUAGCCUAAUACAAAUUUUAAGACAUGUCAAAUAAGAAAUUUCGAUAAUCCAUUCAAAUUUU